UCUAUUGAAAAUGAUGUCCAGAAGACUCCUCAACUCAAGAACUGCCUCUUUGUUCACUCAACAGAGAUCAUACUCCACCAAGAACAUCGAUCAGCAGAUCAAGGACUUCCUUGCCAGACCAGACAUUGCCCCAACCGCCCAGAGAUACAAUGUUACAUACAAGGAGAAGACCCAAGCAGAGGUUGCCAAGGAGCAAACCGAGCAGAGAAAGCUCCUCCAGGAGGCUCACGACGAGGCUAUCGCUUCAUUCGUCAACUCCCUCACCCCAGAGUCGAUCAAGCAGCUCUAAACAGCAAGCACCCUUUGAUA